CCAGUAAACUCGGAGAGAAAAAAAGGGCAUUCACAAACCCAAUACAACAGGAAAAAUACACACAUUCGCUCGCUCUCUCCAGUCGUCUAUGUAUUCCGUAGCAAGAAUGAAGUCGGACCGCAAGCCGCCACUCCCUAAAUCGCCGAUCAGGCUUCGACCCCGUCCAGAUCUUCGCUCAAACUCAACAUCUCUGCAAACCCCAUCAGGCUCUUUGGCAAAAUCUGAGAGACCAAAUCGUUGUUGUGACAACCAGGAAACGGAUCUUCGACCCGAGUAUCGCUCAAUCUCGUGCGAGUUGCGGGCUUUAGCGAAGAUGGUAGGCAACGAGUUUGGCAACGGAGAUUCAGACAGUGAUGGGAUUGCUAAUUCUUUCGGUGCCAAUUCGAGUCCUCUGUUUGAGAGGGGUCGGUUUUACGAGGAGUACUCCGCUAGAAGGAACGAGAGGCUGAGGAGCAAGAAGAAAGAGACUGGGCAAGAGAGGAAGACCGCGUACAGUCUCGGUGUCACGGGGGAGUUUGCGAAAAGGAGCAGCAGUACGAAGAAGCUUGUGAACUUGAGGAAAUCGGUCUCGGCGGCUUACUCUGUGGAGCAGAGCGAGGCCCCGACUUCGAGGUAUAUGCUGAGAAGUAUGACGAAGGAGAACAAGAAGCCACCUCUGCCUGUCAAUUCUAGGAAAUCUUCGGUGCUUGGUGCAGAGCCAAAAAUGGGGACUCGAAGCGUACGGAGAGGCUGAGUUUCAAAACACUUGAGAAUUUUCAGAGAAUUCUAAAAUAUUAUUAUUUCUAUUUACUUUUUUUUUUUUUUUUUGGACUUUUGGUACUCAAGGAAGUUGGUUAUUUUAAUAGGAAUUUGAACAUGGUUGCCUUGUUCAUGGAUUUUUUAGUGGUUAUCCCCCGAAUGACUGAGGUUUCAACUUGACAAAGAAACCAAUUCUAAGUAAGCAUUGUAUUUGAUAAAAUAUAAAAAAUUCUAUCAGGAAGUCGGUAGGCAAAACACAUCCUUCAUUUUAUUGACAUGACAAUACUUUGUAGUCUUUGUUAAAAAGAUUUAAAAUUAAAAUCUUUUUGAGUGGUGUCCAGCUUUGGAAGGAUCUUAAAAGACUUGAGAUGAUUUCUAUGAAAA